UUACAUUUAACGCUUAAGUUAAUAUUAGUGUUAAAUUCUGUUUAAUGGGUCUCAACUCUUCAUAUAAAAAAUAUGUAUUUGGAAUGUAAAGGUCUGCUGCCGAAACUCGGUUUAUAUGGUGAAACUGAAGUGAAAGUGUCCAAGAAAUGGAUGUUUAGAUAGUUGAAAUUAUGAAACAGCCAGCGAAUAAUCAUUAUAUAUAUAAUCAUGUACUUUGUUGUAAUAAAAAGCACGACUACGAAGGGACUCCCGGCGAUUCGUACAGGUGCCCCAGGUCCGCCCGCAAAAUUUGAAUACACUAUACAGUACGCGUUUUCCACUUCGCUGCUUUUUCGCAGAGAGGCGCUAAAGAGAUGCGUUUAUUACGCCUAGUAUCAUUUGGGGUAUCUAGUAUCAUUAACUUUGCCAAGGAGCCGCCAUGUAGCCGUCACUUUCCGCGCAGCGCUCCGGGGGCAGGGGGGCGGGGUAAUUUGACGACGCUCCCUCUUUAACCUUCCUCGCAUGUGAUGGAGUCGCGCGCACUGGUCGCGCGCCUGCGCCGCGAUUUCGGGCGCGCGCAGGUUCGGCAGAGCCGCUUCCAUCCUCCACACUCUGGCCGUCAUCGGGCCGCGCGUCGCCCCGUGUAGCCGUGCGCGGACACCCAACGCAACGGGGAGCUGAGGGGCUCGUAGCCGCCGACAUAAGAAGCGUUACCGCCGCGAAACCGCGAAGACGUCCGGCCGCAUCGCAGCCAUGGAAAGAAAGCGCCCAGGGAUGCCUUCUGGAGCAAGGAUGCCCCAUCAGGGUGCUCCAAUGGGCCCCCCAGGUCCUCCAUAUGGCGGAAGCCCCUCAGUGCGGCCUAGCAUACCCACCCAAGUAAUGGAGCCCAACCGUAAGCGGCCCGCCUCAUCCCAGCAGGUCCAGCAGCAGCAAACUGUCCAGAACCGGCCCCGAAGGAAACCAGUGGGAUUCCCCGGAACCAGUGAGAUCACAUUGAGGCAGAUGGACAUGAGAGAUCCCCAAUCAGAUCUCACACUUGGACCAAAUGUCAAGAGAAGGAAAAUGGCAGACAAGAUUCUCCCUCAGAGGAUCCGAGAGCUGGUCCCAGAAUCCCAGGCCUACAUGGACCUCCUAGCAUUUGAGCGCAAACUGGAUCAAACCAUCAUGAGAAAACGUGUUGACAUACAAGAGGCCCUGAAGAGGCCCAUGAAGCAAAAACGCAAGCUGAGGCUUUAUAUCUCCAAUACCUUCAACCCUGCCAAGCCUGACGCAGAUGACUCUGAUGGCAGCAUUGCUUCUUGGGAGCUGCGAGUAGAGGGAAAGCUGCUGGAUGAUCCUGGUAAACAGAAGAGGAAGUUUUCAUCCUUCUUCAAGAGCCUGGUCAUUGAGCUGGACAAGGACCUGUAUGGACCUGACAACCACCUGGUAGAGUGGCACCGUACCCCCACCACCCAGGAGACGGAUGGCUUCCAGGUGAAGAGACCUGGAGAUGUGAGCGUACGCUGUACGUUACUUCUCAUGCUGGACUACCAGCCUCCGCAAUUUAAGCUUGACCCUCGUCUGGCACGAUUACUAGGCCUUCACACCCAGAGCCGUUCAGCCAUCAUCCAGGCCCUCUGGCAAUAUGUGAAGACCAACAGACUGCAGGACGCCCAUGACAAAGAGUACAUCAACUGUGACAAGUAUUUCCAGCAAAUUUUCGACUGUCCACGACUAAAGUUCUCAGAAAUCCCCCAGAGGCUCACAAAUCUGUUGCUGCCCCCUGACCCCAUCGUCAUCAAUCAUGUCAUCAGUGUUGAUCCCAAUGACCAGAAGAAGACUGCGUGUUACGACAUUGAUGUGGAGGUGGAGGACCCCUUGAAGAGCCAGAUGAACAGCUUCCUGCUUUCCACAGCAAAUCACCAGGAAAUUGCCUCUCUGGAUAAUAAGAUCCAUGAAACCAUUGAGUCCAUCAGUCAGCUGAAGAUCCAGAGGGAUUUUAUGCUCAGUUUCUCCAAGGACCCCAAGGGUUACAUCCAGGAAUGGCUCAAAUCCCAGAGUAGGGACCUCAAAGUCAUGACUGAUGUGGUGGGAAAUCCUGAGGAAGAGAGGAGGGCUGAGUUUUACCACCAACCUUGGUCCCAGGAAGCGGUUAGCCGCUACUUCUACUGCAAGAUCCAGCAGCGGAGACAAGAACUAGAGCAGGCCCUGGCAGUGCGCAACACUUAAACCCUUCCCCAGCCGAGUGACAGCACAGUUCCCUUCUCCUGUCCUCCUAGCCAUGUUCAGCCAGAUACCUUUAUCCUGUUCAGCUUUUGUUUCUUCUACUGAUGUACUGUGCAUUAUUACCUGCUACAGGUAAGAAUGGUCACAUAUGGCCUAUGUUUUGGGUCAAUUUUUUUUUUUUUUUACCCUCGUUGGAAUCAAGAGCUGACAAUUUAAAAUCCAUCCACUUUUCGGGAUUAUAUGAGACGGCAGUCAUGACUGAGUCCUGUUUGAGCAUUGUUGAGUCCCAUGUCCUGUUGUGGAGUUUUGUCCCAAAAGUACAUCUGCCUCACUGGAGCUCGAAGAGAACAAGACAAAAACAAGAAGGCAUCGGAAACGCCGGGGACUGCUCUAGGUCUUAGACAGAUACCGUGUUGGUGUCGAACCUGCUGCUGGUGUCAGUUUUGAGCCUAGCUGUGCGAGUGCUCUUUUCCAAAUGUCACUUCUGAGCCAUCAGUCAGAACCAAUGGAGUCAGAAAAUUCCCUAGUGUAACACAUCAUCCAUGUUAAUUAUCUGUACAGAUCUUAAUGGGGGAAAUAUACUAUUUAUUUAAUUUAUUAUAUGCUAUAAAAAUAAACCAUUUGGUUUUUUGUCCAUUAGCAAGAGAGAGAUUUUCCACCAAGCAGCUUAUAGCACAACAAUUCUUGUCUUUGAGGAUAUAAACCACCAUGUCUCCUUGGAGACUCUGCUCGGGCCUUGAAACACACUAUUAAUAUUUACUUGUAGCAUUAUUAUAAAAGGAAAAUGAGUCAAUAUCACUUGGCUAUACUUAUCGGCACUUAUAGCGUAUCGCAAAAUUCCUUUAUCUUGCAGUGUCAUUUCAUUACGUGUGUUCUGGGUGUUUACUAUUAAAAAAAUUCAGCAUAUUACCAAUUCUCACCCUAAGCCAGCCUUUUCAGCCAGGAUACUUUGUUCCUGAGUAUUGACUUGUAAUUUCAGUUCUCUCAACUGUGAUGCACCAAGGGAAACACAUUUUUUUAUUACCAUGUUUUGCUAGCCUGUUUGUCUGUUUAAAACAAGUCUUUUGGAAGAUUUUACCCACUACUUUCUGGAUUUGACGCUGGAAGAUGUGAGUUUAAGUCUUCGAACACUGUUAAUUAAUUAAACAAACAGUUCAGUAAUUUGAAGUCCCGGUCAAGACCACACCUCCAGUAUUGUUUGUUUUCAAGGAAAUGUAAAGCAGGGGCAAGCACUCAUAACGAAGGAAACUUUUCCCUUUCGCUAAUAUGUACUUUACGUUAGUUUACGAUCCAUUAAUAAUGUUUUAAUAAAUAGAAGAAGCAGUGUUAAAGGGAAUGUUGCCAACUUGAUUGACCUAAACGGCAAAAACAACAUUUUCCUCUGAAAUGUGCAGUUACGCUCUCCUGUCUGUAUUCUGGCCUUGAAUGUAUUGGAUUUAAUCGCACUAAAAGACGGAACUAGUCUUAUACUAUGGUAAAAUAUGCACAGACUCAAAAAGUACUUGAUUUGGUAAAGAUAACAUUAGUAUUUGAUUCAUGAAGAAUAUUUAAAUGUUGGGAAACCUGUCUUGGUGACUUCGUGACGAGGCUAGUUGUUGAGUAUAUGUUGCGUAUUGUGUGUCACGUGAGCGUGUGCAUUUCUUUCAUGUUUUUUGUGUUUAGAUGUAACAAUGUAGUGUGGUAAGUCAAAGGCAAUAGAGGACAACAUCUGCAUGGCUAUAAAUAUGUGAAGUUGCAAACUGACUCUGAGCAGCUCCUUCGCUACAUGUGGGAUCUGGAGCAAUUCUGGGACUGUCCUAUGUUCCUGAAGGAUCAACUGCUUGACCAACAUCUCAGCUUCACUCCUGCGUCGUGUCUAGUGGAAAGACACUCUGUACGGACUCACUCUUCACUGAGGACAUGAGUACCGCACUCUCACUUUAAUGGAAGGACAGAAUUUUUUUCGUGAGGUAACAGCCUUUGUUUGUCGUAGAGGAGGAUCGCUAGUCUACCUGGCAGCUUUGUUCAUUGGGUUUCUGCGUUGAAACCCUUCUCAGCAAACACAACACAGUCUUGUCUUGUUUAUUUUCCCCUUUAAUGCUUUUGUCAGCCUUUUAUUGCUAUAUCUGCUUUAAAAAGAGCAUGCCUUGACUGCAGCCAGUGCCUGAUUGGUUGCCAUUUCUAACUUUGCAGUUUCAGUAUCACGGUACUCAUGUAAAUGUCGUAUUUGGAUUUUAAGACCUGAAAAGGUAAAAAGUUUCAGGAAAACCACGAACCCACUGCCAGUUCAAAUCACAGGAUUUAAAAACCUAUGCAUGCCGCAUGGACGUGUUUUUAUAUAUUUUUUUAAACAGUACAAAGAAUAUGAUUGGAAGCGGAGAAGAAAAACAAGAAAGGUUUCUUGGCUCCUAUUGCGAUAAGCUGGCCUCAGUUGGAAGGCGAUGCUUCUCCUGAGUUUCUCUAAAAGAUUUCAAAGCAAAAACUGUAACCUGUUUACCUUCUCUCUUGUUCAUCUCUGGAACACUACUGUUACCAGUUUUGGAUUUGCAAGGGGAACAAUACAGUAGCUUCUUGGAUAGAAGUACGUCUCACCUGGAUGUUAUGAAUUUUGGAGAGUAUCAGUGUUUUACAGGUCACUGCUCCAACACCAGUGUUGACUGGUGAGUAUUUUGUUUGAAAUCUGCUGGUUCCUGGAAUAUUGCUAUUUAAGAACUUUCAGUUGAGCCUGAGAGACUAACUGCGUGGUAAUGUGUCCUGUUGUUGAGCCCAGAAUAAACCCAAAAGUCACCUGUGUGACUCAUGGCU